ACCCCUUGAGACAUAAUAAUAAUUUAGCUUUCUUAAUGUUUUCUUUGUCAAACAGAUCCGGGUCAGUCUGUCUUGACGUUAUCAACCAAACAUGGAGCCCUAUGUUCGAUCUCGUAAACAUUUUCGAGGUGUUUCUUCCUCAGCUAUUGCUCUAUCCAAAUCCAUCUGAUCCUUUGAAUGGUGAAGCAGCAGCCAUGAUGACAAGAGACCGCGAAGGUUACGAGCGAAAAGUAAAAGAGCACUGUGAGUGGUAUGCUAAGGCAGAUGACAUCCAAGGUCAGCAAGAAGAAGCAAGUGAUGAUGAAGAUGUCAACAUGAGCAGUGACGAUGAAAUGAAUGUUGAAGGCAUUUGAUUAGACUAUUAACUACUUUGUAAAUAAAAUUUGUGAACAAUUGUAUGAUUACCCUGCUUAGUCAAAACUUCUUUGUAAUUUAAGAAUUUCUGCAUUAUCAAC